AGAUAAGGGAGCAGCAUGGAUAUCAAACCUCUUUAAAUCUGUAACGUGAACGCACCAUAAACUGUUUUCAACAACACGGAAACGUCGGCCACUACUGAUUGGUUAGGGCAACGUGACCCCUCUCCCAGAUCUUAUUGGUUGUCGUAAACAAUGUCCCGCCUCUCUCCGAAUUCCACAGCAGGACUCUCUUCCCAUUGGCCCACCGGGUUGGAGUACAGAGAACAACAAACAAGAUAGGGUGAAGACUGUCGGGAUGGAUGCAGCAACCUUGACGUACGACACACUUCGCUUUGGAGAGUUUGAAGAUUUCCCUGAGACCUCAGAGCCUGUGUGGAUCUUGGGGAAAGAAUACAAUGCACUCACAGAGAGAGAUGAGAUUUUAUCAGAUGUCACUUCACGACUGUGGUUCACAUACAGAAAAAACUUCCCACCAAUUGGUGGGACAGGACCAACAUCAGAUACAGGAUGGGGAUGCAUGUUACGGUGCGGCCAGAUGAUCCUAGGCGAGGCCUUGGUGUGUAGACAUGUAGGCAGAGACUGGAGAUGGGCCAGAGGCCAGAAACAAAGAGAAGAGUACAUCAGUAUUCUCAACGCCUUCAUUGACAAAAAAGACAGCUAUUAUUCCAUCCAUCAAAUUGCCCAAAUGGGAGUUGGAGAGGGAAAGCCUAUAGGCCAGUGGUAUGGACCGAACACAGUUGCCCAGGUUUUAAAGAAGCUGGCCGUGUUUGACACGUGGAGCAGAUUAGUCGUACACGUGGCGAUGGACAACACUGUGGUCAUCGAGGAGAUCAAGCGUCUCUGUAUGCCCUGGCUGGACGCUGCUGGAGCCUGUGGCGGAGCGGGCGAGCUCAACGGCUGCCUGGAGGGGGCGUGUGCCCUGGCCGAGGAGGAGACGGCUCUCUGGAAACCUCUGGUCCUGCUCAUCCCCCUCAGGCUGGGCCUGAGUGAUAUAAAUGAGGCCUACAUCGAAACCCUCAAGCAAUGCUUCAUGCUGCCUCAGUCCCUGGGUGUUAUUGGGGGGAAACCCAACAGUGCCCAUUACUUCAUUGGUUAUGUCGGAGAGGAACUCAUCUAUUUAGACCCACACACCACGCAGCCUGCAGUGGAUCCAUGUGAAGAUGGCCAGGUCCCUGAUGAGACGUACCAUUGUCAGCACCCACCCUGCCGCAUGCACAUCUGUGAAUUGGACCCAUCCAUCGCAGCGGGUUUCUUCUGCAGAACAGAGGACGAGUUUGACGACUGGUGUAUGCGCAUAAGAAGGCUGUCGUGCAACAGAGGGGGCCUGCCCAUGUUUGAACUAGUAGACAGUCAGCCCUCACACAUGGUCAGCGUGGAUGCCCUUAAUCUUACUCCUGACCCUUACUUCGCAGAUUUCUCAGACUCGGACAGGUUGGAGCGGUUCUUUGAUUCGGAAGAUGAAGAGUUUGAGAUCCUUUCCCUCUGAGGAACUUAUGAACAAUGAUUUUGCUGUUCUCGACAGUUUGGGAGAGAUUCUCUGUCUCUUCUCUGUAUCUGAAGGGAAGCCUGAGGGGAUGAACAUUAACUGGAGACUUCUUGAGCCAGUCCAGCUCCAAUGGUGUAGUCAGUGUGUCACACAGCGUUCUUCUCAACAAUGCUCUCUGUCUCCUACAUUGAGACUGCCUGGUGGAAGCUGUAGCAGGAGCUCAGGAUAAAUUAUGUAUGCACAUCUUCACAUACAUGUGUUUCCAUUUGAGUCUUAACACUUUAAAUGUUUAUUCUGAAGUGAUAUGGUGCCUUUCCCUGACUCCAUAAGUAAAAUUGCCAUAACAGUUUUAUGUUGUAUAGAAACACAAUGAAAACACAAUUCAUGAUACCCAUGGCUUACGCGGUUUGUCACUAAUAACUCAAGUCUGUAACAGCCUGUAAUGAAACCAAAUUAAGUCAAAUCUGCAUUCAAGUUGCAUUAAUUGUUCAUGCAAAGUAUCCUUGCCAAGUUUUAAUUUGAAGAGUAUUUAUUUAAUCAACACGGUAUAUAGACAGGUGAAAGAUCAAUACACAUGUAUGAGGAUAAAAAAAACAAAUAAAGUCAGAAUCUGGUAUUU